UUUAGACAACAUUAAUUAGAUACAGACGGAAUGAAAAAGAGGAGGAACCAGAGCCGUCUUGUGUGCUAAGUCUGUGUUCUCCAGGAAAUGGCACGAGUUCGUUGGAGAGCGACUGAGUUUCCUCAGCGACUGAUUUCCAGAUGUAAAGCUCUGGUUUCCUGGCUUAUCCUUCUACGUCAGACUCUGUUCUAUAAUGAGUUCACCUCGUACAUGGUCGGGCUGGAAACAGCAGCAGAGCCAAUGUUUUGGACAGUGGAUAAAUUUUCCAAAUACUUUGGACCAAUUUUUAUGAUACUGGUUGUGUGUCUGACUACGUCUGUGGUCGUCAUCUUCUACAUCUGCCUCCUGCCCCACGUCUACCAACAAAGUCUCAGUAAAACCGUAUUCCAUCUAAUUUUUGGACAUUGGCUCCUUGUGAAUAUUGUGUUUAAUUAUGUAAUGGCUGUCUUCACAGACCCGGGACAUCCACCAAGAGAGAUUCCAGAAACGGUUUCUAUAUGUAAGAAAUGUAUAUCCCCCAAGCCUCCACGAGCCCAUCACUGCAGUAUUUGUGACAAGUGUGUACUAAAAAUGGACCACCAUUGCCCUUGGAUAAACAAUUGUGUCGGGUUCUACAACCAUCGCUACUUCUUCCAGUUCUGUGUUUUUAUGUUGUCAGGGACCAUCUAUGUUUGUGUGACAGGAGUCGACUUGUUCAAACAGCAUUUUUAUGGUGACAAGUACUAUCCCUUCCCUGCUGUUCUGUAUCCACUCAAUAUGGCUUACGACAUUAUUUAUGGAGACCAUAAUAAACCAUUCCUGGGAGGUAUAGCAGCGGUACCAGUUAACUCCUCUUUAAACCAGAAUCACAAAGGGCAGCACCAGCCAGGGGUGGAUCUAGAAGUUGACAUGAGGAAUCAGCAUUACCACACUGCCGUGGUGUAUGAGUUUGUUCUCUGCUCUGCGGUGGUGAUCGCUUUGUUACUGUUAGUGUGCUGGCAUGUCAGAAUGAUCAGUCUGGGGGAGACAAAUAUAGAAGUGUACAUCAACAGGAAGGAAGUUAGCAGACUGAAAAAGUUAGGACUGGUGUAUACCAACCCUUACCAUUAUGGAUUUUUCAAAAACUGGCAGAUAUUUUUUGGACUUGGAAAGGGGAGGACAUUUUUGAAGAAUGUUCUUUUCCCUUCUACCCAUACACCGUGUGGUGAUGGACUUACAUUCCCUCGAGUCCCAAACAAGGGGCCCAGAGAAGACAAAGACAGAGGCCUGAUGCUGUUAUGACAAAAGUGGUCAGACUAGUAAACUACCCUCAACAACAAUUAUCAGUAUCCUUCAGAUUAAGGGCCUCUAAGACUGAGGGUGCUAAAAGAGUUCAACAAAAGGGGCAUCACUCUUGAAUACAUUUUUAAUUUUAUCUAUGCUGAAAUACAAUAUAGUUCUGUCAAAUUCAAUAACAAUGUCAAUUUGGUUAAGAAUUAGUCUUUCGUAAUGAGUCAGAAAAAAUGAAAAAGGUGCUAA